GGCGUGGGCCGGAGCGGCUGCAUUCUCCAGCCGCGGGCAGAGCCCGGCCCGGCCACCCCCCUCGAGCCCCGGGACCUGCGGGCACUCAGCGCUGCCCUGCGGCCGAGCUGGCCUCCUUUUGUUUGGCGAGUGAAUUUCACCAUCCCGCACCACCGUCCUGCCCCUGCCCCCGCAGGGAGUUUGCUGGCCCUGAGCAGAGGAGCAGCGCGGGAGGGCUCGGCCCCUGCUGCCGAUCUGCAGCUGGCAAGUGGCCCACGGCCUCGUGCCGGGAGGGCGAAGCGGUUUCGGGCAGGAAGUUGGGCAAGCGUGGGCGCGGGCGCUCUCGGAGCAUUUUUGAAACGUCGGGGUUGUUGGAGUGGUUGGAUUUUCCCUGGAAUUGAGUGAGAAAUUCAGAAGACUGAAGCCCAGGCUUACUGUCUACCUUUCACGGAGGCCUAGCCGUGAGAGGACAGAAGAAGGCACGUGGAGAAUCAUGACAGCAGACAAAGACAAAGACAAAGACAAGGACCGAGACCGAGACCGGGACCGAGAGAGAGAAAAAAGAGACAAAGCAAGAGAGAGUGAGAAUUCAAGGCCACGCAGGAGCUGUACCUUGGAAGGAGGAGCCAAAAAUUAUGCUGAGAGUGAUCACAGUGAAGAUGAGGACAAUGACAACAAUAGUGCCACCACAGAGGAGUCCACAAAGAAGAACAAAAAGAAACCACCAAAAAAAAAAUCUCGUUAUGAAAGGACAGAUACAGGAGAGAUAACAUCCUACAUCACUGAGGACGAUGUGGUCUACAGGCCAGGAGACUGUGUGUAUAUCGAGAGUCGGAGGCCAAACACACCGUAUUUCAUCUGUAGCAUUCAAGACUUCAAACUGGUCCACAACUCCCAGGCCUGUUGCAGAUCUCCAACUCCUGCUUUGUGUGACCCCCCAGCAUGCUCUCUGCCGGUGGCAUCACAGCCACCACAGCAUCUUUCUGAAGCCGGGAGAGGGCCUGUAGGGAGUAAGAGGGACCAUCUACUCAUGAACGUCAAAUGGUACUACCGUCAGUCUGAAGUUCCAGAUUCUGUGUAUCAGCAUUUGGUUCAGGAUCGACAUAAUGAAAAUGAUUCUGGAAGAGAACUUGUCAUUACAGACCCAGUUAUCAAGAACCGAGAGCUCUUCAUUUCUGAUUAUGUUGACACAUACCAUGCUGCUGCCCUUAGAGGGAAGUGUAACAUCUCCCAUUUUUCUGACAUAUUUGCUGCUAGAGAGUUUAAAGCCCGAGUGGACUCAUUUUUCUACAUAUUAGGCUACAACCCUGAGACAAGGACAAAUCCUGACUUAUGGAGGCUGAACAGUACACAAGGGGAGAUUCGUGUUGGACCCAGCCAUCAGGCCAAACUUCCAGAGUUGCAGCCAUUUCCUUCUCCAGAUGGUGAUACUGUGACCCAACAUGAGGAACUGGUCUGGAUGCCUGGUGUUAAUGACUGUGACCUCCUUAUGUACUUGAGAGCAGCAAGGAGCAUGGCUGCAUUUGCAGGGAUGUGUGAUGGAGGUUCCACUGAGGAUGGCUGUGUUGCAGCAUCUCGCGAUGAUACCACCCUGAAUGCCCUGAACACUCUACAUGAAAGUGGUUAUGAUGCUGGCAAAGCCCUGCAGCGCCUGGUAAAGAAGCCUGUGCCCAAGCUGAUCGAGAAGUGCUGGACUGAGGAUGAAGUGAAGCGCUUCGUUAAGGGACUCAGGCAGUACGGCAAGAACUUCUUCAGAAUUAGAAAGGAGCUGCUUCCCAAUAAGGAAACAGGGGAGCUGAUCACCUUCUACUACUACUGGAAGAAAACCCCUGAAGCAGCCAGCUCCAGAGCCCAUCGUCGGCACCGUAGGCAGGCUGUGUUCAGGAGGAUCAAGACUCGCACUGCAUCCACCCCAGUCAACACACCCUCCAGACCCCCGUCCAGUGAAUUCUUGGACCUAAGCUCAGCCAGUGAGGAUGACUUCGACAGUGAGGACAGUGAACAGGAGCUGAAGGGAUACGCCUGCCGCCACUGCUUCACCACCACAUCCAAAGAUUGGCAUCACGGGGGCCGGGAGAACAUCCUGCUCUGCACUGAGUGCCGCAUCCAUUUCAAGAAGUACGGUGAGUUACCACCCAUUGAGAAGCCCGUGGACCCCCCACCAUUCAUGUUCAAACCCGUCAAGGAGGAGGACGAUGGGCUCAGCGGGAAGCAUAGCAUGAGGACGCGGCGGAGUCGGGGCUCGAUGUCGACACUACGCAGUGGUCGGAAGAAGCAGCCAGCCAGCCCUGAUGGUCGUGCCUCGCCCAUCAAUGAAGACAUUCGCUCCAGUGGCCGGAACUCUCCCAGCGCUGCCAGCACCUCCAGCAAUGACAGCAAAGCAGAAACAGUGAAGAAGUCAGCCAAGAAGGUAAAGGAAGAAGCAUCGUCCCCUCUGAAGAGUGCCAAGCGCCAGCGGGAAAAGGUGGCCUCUGACACGGAGGAGGCCGAGAGGACCAGCUCCAAGAAGACAAAAACACAGGAGAUCAGCCGGCCUAAUUCGCCCUCUGAGGGUGAGGGAGAGAGUUCAGACAGCCGCAGCGUCAAUGAUGAGGGCAGCAGUGACCCCAAAGACAUCGACCAGGACAAUCGCAGCACGUCCCCCAGCAUCCCUAGCCCUCAGGACAAUGAGAGUGACUCGGACUCAUCAGCCCAGCAGCAGAUGCUGCAGGCUCAGCCUCCAGCCUUGCAGGCGCCUGGUGGAGUCACCCCCACAGCCCCUCCAGGAGCACCCCAGCUUCCUGCCCCAGGACCCACACCCUCUGCCACUGCGCUUCCUCCACAGGGCUCCCCUGCAGCCUCACAGCCUCCUAACCAGCCACAGGCUCCAGCAGCACCUGUGGCCCAUGCCCACAUCCAGCAGGCGCCUUCCCUGCACCCGCCACGGCUGCCCUCACCACAUUCCACACUGCAGCCUCUGACGGGGCCGGCCGGCCAGGCCUCUGCACCACCUCAUACCCAGCCCCCCCUGCACAGUCAGGGUCCCCCUGGCCCUCACAGCCUGCAGGCUGGAUCCCUGUUACAGCACCCAGGCCCUCCUCAGCCCUUUGGCCUCCCUCCUCAGGCCUCCCAAGGACAAACGGCUCUGGGGACCUCCCCAGCAGCAGCUCACCCUCACACCACCCUGCAGCUCCCAGCCUCUCAGUCAGCACUGCAACCUCAGCAGCCCCCAAGAGAACAGCCUCUGCCACCAGCACCCUUGGCCAUGCCUCACAUCAAGCCCCCACCUACCACACCCAUCCCCCAGCUUCCAGCCCCACAGGCCCACAAGCACCCACCUCACCUCUCAGGGCCCUCACCCUUCUCUUUGAAUGCCAACCUGCCACCACCGCCGGCUCUGAAGCCCCUCAGCUCCCUGUCCACACACCACCCACCCUCAGCCCAUCCCCCACCCCUGCAGCUCAUGCCUCAGAGCCAGCCCUUGCCCUCUUCUCCUGCCCAGCCCCCUGGGCUGACCCAGAGCCAGAGCUUGCCCCCUCCUGCUGCUGCUCACCCCCCUGCCAGCCUCCACCAGGUGGCCACCCAGCCCCCCUUUGCUCAGCACCCCUUUGUCCCUGGAGGCCCUCCUCCCAUUACCCCACCUACCUGCCCCCCCACCUCAACCCCACCUGCAGGACCCAGUACAUCCACCCAGCCACCCUGCCCUGCUACAGUUUCUUCAGGAGGCAGCGUGCCAGGUGGGGCGCCCUGCUCACUUCCCACUGUCCAGAUCAAAGAGGAGGCUCUCGAUGAUGCUGAGGAGCCUGAGAGCCCCCCUCCUCCCCCAAGAAGUCCGUCCCCUGAGCCCACUGUGGUGGACACCCCCAGCCAUGCCAGCCAGUCUGCCAGGUUCUACAAACACCUGGACCGAGGUUACAAUUCAUGUGCGCGGACAGACUUGUACUUCAUGCCCCUGGCUGGGUCCAAACUGGCCAAGAAGAGGGAGGAGGCCAUCGAGAAGGCCAAGAGGGAGGCUGAACAGAAAGCCCGGGAGGAGCGUGAGCGGGAGAAGGAGAAAGAGAAGGAGCGAGAGCGCGAGCGCGAGCGGGAACGGGAGGCGGAGCGAGCUGCUAAGGCACCCAGCUCAGCACAUGAAGGCCGCCUUGGUGACCCCCAGCUCAGUGGUCCUGGCCACAUGCGGCCCUCCUUUGAACCACCACCGACUACCAUAGCUGCCGUACCCCCAUACAUUGGUCCCGACACACCUGCUCUCCGGACACUGAGCGAAUAUGCUCGCCCCCACGUGAUGUCACCCACCAACCGCAACCACCCCUUCUACAUGCCCCUCAACCCUACUGAUCCGCUGCUGGCCUACCACAUGCCUGGCCUCUACAACGUGGACCCCACCAUCCGGGAGCGCGAGCUCCGGGAGCGGGAAAUCCGGGAGCGCGAGAUCCGGGAGCGCGAGUUGCGUGAGAGAAUGAAGCCAGGCUUUGAGGUGAAGCCCCCAGAGCUGGACCCCCUGCACCCCGCCACCAACCCCAUGGAGCACUUCGCCCGGCAUAGUGCCCUCACCAUCCCCCCUGCUGCUGGUCCCCACCCUUUUGCCUCUUUCCACCCCGGCCUGAACCCGUUGGAGCGGGAGAGACUGGCCCUGGCAGGCCCCCAGCUGCGGCCCGAGAUGAGCUACCCUGACAGACUGGCAGCCGAGCGCAUCCAUGCUGAGCGCAUGGCAUCACUGACCAGCGACCCCCUGGCACGACUUCAGAUGUUCAAUGUGACUCCACACCAUCACCAGCACUCACACAUCCACUCCCACCUCCACCUCCACCAGCAGGACCCCCUCCACCAAGGUUCGGCAGGUCCAGUUCACCCCCUGGUUGACCCCCUGACUGCUGGCCCUCACCUGGCUCGUUUCCCCUACCCCCCUGGCACCCUCCCCAACCCCCUGCUGGGACAGCCUCCCCAUGAGCACGAGAUGCUGCGCCAUCCAGUGUUUGGAACCCCCUACCCCCGAGACUUGCCUGGGGCCAUCCCACCCCCCAUGUCAGCAGCCCAUCAGCUACAGGCCAUGCAUGCCCAGUCGGCCGAGCUACAGAGACUGGCCAUGGAGCAACAGUGGCUGCAUGGACACCCCCACAUGCAUGGUGGCCACCUGCCAAGUCAGGAAGAUUAUUACAGUCGACUGAAGAAAGAAGGUGACAAGCAGUUAUAAGUUAUUUAUUUGUUAACGCUGGCUGUGGAAACCCCAAUUCUUGGGGGGGGAGAAACAGAACUUUUUACAUACAAUAGGAGCUGCAAAAGCAAAAAGAAUAUCUUCUAAAGAUUUCGUUAUAUAUUUAAAAACCCCGCAACUAAAAUGUAUCUGCAUAAUAGUGUUGUUUGUUGAGAGGAUUCCCUGAGACCAGUUCGGGUCUCCCUGCAUGACAGUGCCCCAGAAACUUAGUGAGUCCUGGACUGGACUGAGUGUCCAGAGAGCUUCCCUGCAGUCCUGGGGUUCGGCUUUAGUUUUCUUCCCUUGAUUUCUCAGUAGGUGCUAGAAUCCGUUCACACCCUUCACUGUGCGUGCAGACACGAUGGACACGUGGGUGCCAGAACCCACGGGGCUUGCAGAGAGGUGGCAUAUGAGUUUGGAAUCCAAGAGCUAUAAUUUUUAAAAAAUCUUUUAUUUUAAUACAUUGUAGGAAAUCUUCAUAAUUUGAGAAAGCUCUGCAGCAUGGCUUUUUAUGUCUGUAAAUAAAUAAUUUUAGAACAGCCUUUUUUUCCUUCCACAAACUACUAUUCUGAUCUAUUUUUUCCAGCCAUGUCACUAAUUGUGAAUUCCUACCAGCUAUUGACAGAAUACAGAGUUGAUUUUUUAAUAAAAAGUUAUAUAUAAUUAUCCCUUUAAUUAAAGGGAGCAGAUGGGCGUUAACUAAUUACAAAUAGGCAGAAGCUUGGACUAGGUUUGGUCACAGCAGUGAGCGUCCAGGGGUUUGCAGGGACAAUGUUACAGACUAUUUUGCUGCUUUGAUUUUCACUUCCGUCUGUUUCCCGCACGUGCUUUGCCAGCGGCGCAGACGUCUGACAGCGAGCCUCUUUCAUUGUGUACAGGAGUGUGGGAGUUCUGUGUUGGCUUUCUGUUCCCUGGUGUCAUCAUCGUCCUGUCUCUGUGGGAUAGAAAGCACAUAUUUACAUGUGUCCGAUGGUAGAUUUCCUUACAGAGUUCUAUGCACACAACAUUUGUUCUGGAUAAAUUGCCUUUUUAAUACUUUGAAGAUUACAAAUACAUUCUAGAAAAUCCAAGAAAAUGAUUCCAUAUAACUUAGCACAUGAAAGAGCCAGGACAUAUGCCUCCCAACGGGAUCUGUUCAAAAUCUGCCCUUUUGUGACGUCACCAUUUGGAUGUCCUUGCGAGGACCCAGUCAAGUCGUCAUUACUGCAGACUGAGGCUGCUUGAGUGAGGAACACUGGGGGCCGUUAACAUGAUUAUGAGUGGCAGCCUGCCUCUUUUGGCCCCAUGCAGGGUGACUCACAUCAGACUGGGAAAGCAGGCUUCCGCCCGGAGGUACCACUGGUAGGAGGUUGGGUCCUUCCAGAGCAGAGCCAUCCCUGCAAGACACAGGUGGGAGACCUGCAUCUGUGGACCACACCCGUGCCAGGGCAAGACCCCUUCCCAUCCUCUCAAACUCUCGAGGCCCAUUGUGUGGUGCACAUCUCAGAAUUGCCUGUGGGUCAGUGGACAAUGUGUACCCAGAACCCAGGCCGCAAGGGGCGUGUCAGGGGCUUGACUGAGACCUGCAGCAAGGCCCUCUCCAGUUUGUAUCAAAAACCCUCUUGGGUGUUGAGUCGGGACAGAUAGGAUUGUUUUAACUGUUAAAUAUUUGUAGUUUUUUUGUUUCAUAUUCUCUCAUUCCAUUUCUGCCUCAAUUUUAGUUCCUUAGGGGGAGGCAAACUCAAAUUAACCCUUUGCCAUCAAACGACUGGCUGCCAUGCAGGCAUUAUUCCUUCUUGGGUGGGUGACACACCACCCAGGCGCUCUGCCCUGCGGGAUUCCUCUAGCUCUGAGAGGCCUCUUCCUGCUGGGUGCCCUCCCCUUCCCUUGACACUCCUCUUUUGCUCUUGUCUCCCCCAUCCCCUCCUUUCUUUGGUAGAACCUAACUUCUACCAUUGGGUUUAACUUGUUUAUCUCCUGUAUUACCCAUUUUUCCAAAGAAGAGAAAGGGUGAAGUACUUUGAAGUCUGUACUUGAAAACUGUCUGAAGGUGUUUUCUUGUUAUGUUUCGGGUUUCUCCCCAUAUCCCAAGGUGGAGCACUGCAAUUCUUCCAUUAAACCCACAAUCUGAAGCCCUUGCCCGAUCACCUAGAGUUUGUUUAGGAGGCCCCAGACCUGUGUGGUGUCUUUGAAGCCCGACCGCUUGGUUUCCUUUUGGAUUUUCCUUCCUUUCAUUUGAAGUUCGGUUUUGCUUUCUGUGUUUUGUAUGUGUCUUGUUCAAUGUCGUCAAGGUUGAGCUUCACGUUUCACUGCAGCAGAAGCAGAACAGAGUGUAUAUUCUGAUUUGCUACGUUUAUAUAUAUCUUGAAGCUAAAUGUAUAUAUGAGUAGUUUGCCAUGAGAUAACACAGUGUAUACAGAGUAGACACCCAGAAAUCGUGACUUCUGUGUUCUCUCCAUUUGAGUAUUUUGUAAUUUUUUUGAAAUAUUUGUGGACAUAAAUAAAACCAAGCUACACUACAACA